AUGGACUAUAUCAAACUCAUAUCACUACUUCUCAUUCAACUAGUGGUCAGUUAUCAGAUCCAAAUACCAUUUGAUUUCUAUGGGUUAUUCUCUUCAAAAGAUGUUUCUCGUCCUCAUUACACAACUGUGGAUCAUCAAUACCACCCAAUAGAUUUAACACAAUAUAAGGGUAAACAUGUAAUCAGGAUUGACUACUCAGAUACCCCAGAUCUAGGAAAAUAUUUGAUGACACAGUCUUUUGAAGAUGACGCAAAUAUUCACUUUACUAAAUGGGGCCACGCAAGUAACCUAAAGACAAUUGAUAUCCAAAUAGAUGAAACUGGUUUGCUUAAAUUGCACGAGAUGUUUCCAUCGAUGUCUUUCAAAGUAGUUGUUGACGAUUUGGCUCAAAAGAUAUACGAAACAUAUCCGCAACAAAUUAGCCAAUUAAAUGAAGAUUCCGUGAUUACCAACGAAUUGUUUUUUAAAGAGUACCGUUCAUUAGAAAGCAUUGAUGCAUGGUUGGGUCUAUUACAAGCAACGUAUCCUGAUAUAAUCAGUGUUGAAGAGAUUGGGGAAACGUUUGAGCAUCGCAAGUACAAGGUGGUUCAUUUCACUGUUCCUAGCUCAGAAGACAACGAUGAUCACGGUAACAGGAGAACCGUUGUAGUUAGCGGCGGUAUCCAUGCUCGUGAAUGGAUUUCCACUUCGUCUGUCUUAUACUCCAUAUAUGCGUUAAUUGAGUACUACAAAAAUGUUCCAGAUUCUGAUAUCUGGUCUAAGUUAGACUUUAUAUUUAUUCCCGUUUCUAACCCAGAUGGCUAUGAAUACACCUGGACCACAGACAGAUUGUGGAGAAAGAAUCGUCAACCAACUAUUCAUCCAAAGUGCUUUGGAAUUGAUAUUGAUCAUUCCUACGAUUAUCAUUGGACAAGAUCAAGUGAUUGGGCUUGUGGCGAGGAAUAUAGUGGCGAGGCACCUUUUGAAGCAUUCGAAUCACAAAUUUGGACAGAUUAUUUAAAUAAUACAAAUGCUAACCACAAAAUAUGGGGGUAUAUUGACUUGCAUUCUUACUCGCAGGAGAUCUUGUAUCCUUAUGCCUUCUCGUGUAACGAGCAACCGAGAGACGAAGAGAACUUGUUAGAGGUUGCGUGGGGUCUAGCAAAAGCGAUUCGCAUGCAAAGUGGAACACUUUAUAACGUAUUACCUGCGUGUAUUGAUCGUGAUGCCGAUUUGAUGCCAGACUUGGGAUCAGGAACAGCAUUGGAUUAUAUGUAUCAUCAUCGAGCAGACUAUGCGUUCCAGUUAAAAUUGAGAGAUACGGGUAACCAUGGAUUUUUGUUACCUGCAAAGUACAUUGAACCUGUUGGCAGGGAAGUUGUUGCUGCUUUAAAAUACUUGUGUAAUUUCUUAGUAGACGAGCAACUGCAAUAA